AUGAUGUACAGUAUGAUGCACAAUAGGGAGGGGGUGGAGUUAUAUAAACAGAAUCAGCAGCACACCAGGUUUCCUCAGCAGAAGUUUCCUCAGCUCAAAUGUAUUAAUCUGAAAGCAGAAAUUUUCUUGGGCAGCGAAUAUGAGGAGAAGGUCCGUCCUUGCAUUGAUCUCAUCGACUCUUUGAGAGCCCUUGGAGUAGAAAAGGACCUUGUUUUGCCAGCAAUUGCCAUGAUAAGAGAUCAGAGCUCUGGAAAAAGCUCAGUCCUAGAAGCACUGUCUGGUGUCACUCUUCCUAAAGGCAGUGACCUUGUAGCCCAGGAUUUAAUGGCUGGCAAAGGAGUGGGCAUUAGCCAAGAACUAAUCUCCCUAGAAAUCAGCUCUCCAUAUGUUCCAGAUCUGACCCUAAUUGACCUCCCAGGGAUUGCAAGAGUUCCAGGCUGGGAAGCUGAUAAUUUCAUUCCAUUACAGAUCAUAAAACGUAUUAAAACAUAUAUUACUAAACAAGAAACCAUAAAUUUGGUGGUGGUAUCCAGUAACAUAGAUAUUGUAACUACAGAGGCCCUAAAAAUGGCUAAUGAGGGGGAGAGAACUCCAGGAGUUCUGACCAAACCAGAUUUGGUGGACAAAGGAACAGAAAGAACUGUCAUUGACAUAGUCCAAAAUUUAAGUGUUCCUCUAAGGAAGGGUUAUAUGAUUGUAAAAAGUCAUGGACAACAAGCCAUCAAUGACAAGUUGACCCUGGCUUCUGCAAUUACAAGAGAGAGAGAAUUCUUUGAAGAGCAUGAAUUUUUUAGCAUUCUUCUGGAAGAAAAAAAGGCUGCUAUCCCUCUCUUGGCAGAAAGACUUACACAGGAACUGAUGGAUCACAUUAAUAAAUCCCUGCCAAAUUUAGAAAAGCAAAUACAGCACAAACUCCAGGUUGCAAGCAGCAAGUUACAAAAGUGUGGCCUAGGCAUACCAGAGACAGCUGAAGGGAAGAUGCUCAUUCUAGUAGAGGGAAGUAUAAAUGUGGAUUUAGUAACACAUUUGAAUAAAAGGCCAAUUAGCCUUUGGAAUCAAGAGUAUAUUAGAUGUUCAACUCUUUGUAGACUGUGUGGUCAUGAAACCAAAAUCAAGCUCUUCAAUCAGGACAUCAUGAAUGCAGUGCAGGGAGAAGAGUGCUUCUGUUUUAAUGCCGUAGUGAAAGCCCUCAUGAAAGAAGAAAUUUUGAAAUUUGAAAAUCAGUAUCGGGGAAAAGAGCUCCCAGGAUUUAUCAAUUACAGAACAUUUGAGAGCAUUGUAAAAGAGCAAAUCAGGUUGCUAAUAAUUCCAGCUACUACAGUGCUGAAGAACACAACUGACCUUGUACAAGAUGCUUUUACCAAAAUUGCUGUGAAACACUUUGAUAAUUUCCUUGCUCUUCACAGACCAGCAAAGAGUAGAAUUGAAGAUGUAAAACAGAAACAAGAAGCAGCAGCUGAAAAUAUGAUUCAAACCCCGUUCAAAAUGGAAAGAAUUGUUUACUACCAGGACAGACUUUACAGUGGAGAUUUAGAGGAAGCUAGGAAGCUUCCUCAAUCUACUCAGCGUUUCUAUUUGCCUUACACUCUGGAUUCCCCAAAACAGUAUUCCAUUAACAAAAUGACUUAUCACUUGACUGCAUACUUCAAGGGGACAGGUAAUCGACUCUCCACUCAAAUUCCUUUAAUUAUUUGUUCCUAUGUCCUCCAAGACUAUGGUGAAACAUUACAGAAUGCUAUGUUGCAAGUUUUGCAAGACCAGUUCAACAUACUUCUUAAGGAGUGGAAAGACAUGUCCAGUGACAGGACCAAUUUGAGGGAAAGUAUUAAACGUCUGAGAGAAGCUCAACAAUGUUUAGCAAAGUUCUCAAUUUCAAGUAGCCAUGCUUAAGCAACAGCACAUCUUCUUUCAUUUUUAUGCCUGAAUCAUUGGAGUUGGUGUUCAGUUAGAUGUAGGAUUUUAUUUUUGUAUGGUGUGUGUAUUUUUGCUGUAGAGACUCAUUGAAGACUCCUGUUUGGUGAAUUAUCCUGAAUAUGUUAAUAAAUAGUUGAAGUGUGUAUGUUUUGUUUUA